CAGAUCAGCCCCCCAUCAGCCUCUGAUUUUAAAGCUAGAAAAGCCCUUUACUACUGAUUCUGGUAGAAGCGGAAGCAAUUUAAGCCAUGAAAAUAGUUAGCUUCAUGAGCCCACUUUGAGCCUAGGGUUUGUAAUGGCAGAUUUAAGUACACCUUCAGCACUGCAACUACCAACAAAUAUUAACCAUCAUCGACCUCAAACAUAUGACCACAAGCUAGAGACAAAUGAAGCUAACAGAAGCAUCAGAGCUCCGAGAAUGAGAUGGACCCCAACUCUUCAUGCUCAUUUUGUACUUGCGUUCCAGCUUCUUGGCGGCCAUGAAAGAGCAACUCCAAAAUCCAUAUUAGAGUUGAUGGAUGUGAAAGAUCUAACCCUAGCUCAAGUGAAGAGUCACUUGCAGAUGUAUAGAACUGUGACGAGCACUGACAAAGGAGCAGGUCAAGGCCAGACAUAUAUGGGUUUCAAGCAAAGAGCAGGGAUUGUUGAUGGAGAUACAGAAUUAUCUGCAGGAACAUCUGAUACCAACCCUUGUUGCUCUCUCAACCUACCACCAACAACAUCUUCAUCAUCAAUACCAACCACACAAAAUACACAAAUAAGAGGUUCUUGGUCAGUACUAUCAAUGGAGACAAAGGACGAGAGUAGAUCACCAAGUAUUGAGGCAUUAACAUAUCCUCAUUUCAAUACACAUAAUACCAAGGAGGAUGGAGUUGAGGAGAGCUUGGAUUCCAGCCGUUUGAUUAAUUUAGAGCUUACUCUUGGAAGGCCAACCUGGUAAUACAAAAUGCUGAUUCAUCAAAUGAGUUGACCCUUCUUAAGGAUUAAAAUUGUAAACAAACUUUAGUUAUUUAAUUAUUUUUUCUUUAAUGUGCAUGAACACGCCGUA